GGCCAGGAAGAUGGCGCCCCCCAGUCCCCGGGAGCCCAAGACCCCGUCGGCCACUGGUGCCACCAAGCCCGACAGUGACAUGGUGCUGCCGGGCUUCCCGGACGCGGACAGCUUCGUGAAGUUCGCUCUUGGAUCAGUGGUGGCAGUCACGAAGGCAUCUGGAGGCUUACCACAGUUUGGUGAUGAGUAUGAUUUUUAUCGUAGUUUUCCUGGCUUCCAGGCAUUUUGUGAGACACAGGGAGACAGGUUGCUUCAAUGCAUGAGUAGGGUGAUGCAGUACCAUGGGUGUCGCAGCAACAUUAAGGAUCGGAACAAGGUGACUGAGCUGGAGGACAAGUUUGAUUUAUUAGUGGACACCAAUGACGUGAUUCUGGAGAGAGUGGGUAUUUUGCUGGAUGAAGCAUCAGGUGUGAAUAAGCAUCAACAACCUGUCCUCCCUGCAGGACUACAGGUCCCCAAAACAAUAGUGUCCAGCUGGAACCGGAAGGCAGGAGAAUAUGGCAGGAAAACAAAAUCUGAAACUUUUCGACUACUUCAUGCAAAAAACAUUAUCCGACCUCAACUCAAGUUUCGAGAGAAGAUUGACAAUUCCAACACUCCGUUUCUUCCUAAGAUCUUCGUCAAGCCCAAUGCUCAGAAGCCGCUCCCUCCACCUCUUUCUAAAGAACGGCGGGAACGCCCCCAGGACCGUCCUGAGGACUUGGAUGUACCCCCUGCCCUGGCGGAUUUCAUCCAUCAGCAGCGAACCCAGCAGGUUGAGCAGGACAUGUUUGCACAUCCUUAUCAAUAUGAACUAGAUCACUUCACACCCCCAGAGUCAGUGCUUCAGAAGCCACAACCCCAGUUGUACAGACCUGUAGAAGAAACACCCUGCCAUUUUGUAUCCUCCCUGGACAAACUUGUGGAACUCAACGAAAAACUCUUGAAUUGUCAAGAAUUUGCUGUAGACUUAGAGCACCACUCUUACAGGAGCUUCCUGGGACUCACCUGCCUGAUGCAGAUUUCCACCCGAACAGAAGACUUCAUCGUGGACACCCUGGAGCUUCGCAGUGACAUGUAUAUCCUCAACGAGAGCCUCACAGACCCAGCUAUCGUUAAGGUCUUCCAUGGUGCCGAUUCCGACAUUGAGUGGCUACAGAAAGACUUUGGGCUAUACGUAGUGAACAUGUUUGAUACCCACCAGGCAGCACGCCUUCUUAACCUGGGCAGGCACUCGCUCGAUCACCUGCUGAAACUCUACUGCAACGUGGAAUCAAACAAGCAGUACCAGCUAGCUGACUGGAGGAUACGCCCUCUGCCUGAAGAAAUGCUCAGCUAUGCCCGGGACGACACCCAUUACUUGCUCUACAUCUACGACAGAAUGAGGGUAGAGCUGUGGGAGCGAGGUGGAGACCAGCCCGUCCAGUUGCAGGUGGUGUGGCAGCGGAGCAGGGACAUCUGCCUCAAGAAAUUUGUCAAACCUAUCUUCACUGAUGAGUCCUACCUUGAACUGUAUCGGAAGCAAAAGAAGCAUCUCAACUCGCAGCAGUUGACAGCUUUCCAGCUGCUUUUUGCCUGGAGGGAUAAAACAGCUCGAAGGGAGGAUGAAAGUUACGGAUACGUACUGCCGAACCACAUGAUGCUGAAGAUAGCCGAAGAACUGCCUAAGGAACCGCAGGGCAUCAUAGCUUGCUGCAACCCAGUACCACCUCUUGUACGACAGCAGAUCAAUGAAAUGCAUCUUUUAAUCCAGCAGGCUCGAGAGAUGCCCCUGCUCAAGUCUGAAGCUGCAGCUGGAGUGAAGAAGAGCGGGCCGCUGCCCAGUGUCGAGAGGUUGGAGAAUGUUCUCUUUGGCCCUCAUGACUGUUCCCAUGCCACUCCAGAUGGCUACCCAGUCACCCCCACUGCCAGGUCUGUGCCAGCUCAGAAACAGUCGGACCUCUUCACUAACCAAAAAGAGGAGACCUUGCUGGAUACCAAAUGCCUUCUCGCCACAGCCGUCAUCACAUUGUUUAAUGAACCUACUGCUGAGGAAAAUGGAAAGAGUCCAUUAACAGUUGCUCAGAAAAAAGCCCAGAACAUAAUGGAGUCCUUUGAAAACCCAUUUAGGAUGUUCCUGCCUUCGCUAGAGCACCGGGGCCACAUCUCUCAGGCAGCAAAGCUCGAUCCUUCCUCGAAGAUCUAUGAAAUCAGCAACCGUUGGAAGCUGGCCAGCCAGGUUCAGGUACAAAAAGAACCUAAAGAAACUGCCAAGAAGAAGGCAGCUGAGCAAACAGCCGCCCGGGAACAGGCAAAGGAAGAGUACAAAGCCGCAGCGGAGCAGGCCACCUCUGUGCGCCAGCAGGCAGUGAUGGCGCCUCCUGCUAUUGAUAGCAAAUCUGCCAGAAGGCCCUUCUGUGGGUGGCAGUGUGGCCCCGGGAAAUGCUUCAUUCUCACCACCCCCAGAGCACUCUGGAAUUCUAACCCCUGCCUUUCUUAAUGACUGACAUCACUGUCCAGGUAGGAACUUGUUCCUGCUGGCACUAGCCAAGUGAGAGUGUCCUGAGGUGCCAGGCUGCUCAUACCCAGCCAUGGCCUCUCCCCCCCACCAAAGCCAUGUUUAUAUGAUACAGGCAGCUGAGUCCCCAGCUGAUAGAGAUUGAGCCUCCCAACCUGAUCCAAAUCUGAAAUGCUCCCAAAUCCAAACUCCCUGAGCAGGCACACGCCACCACAGGGGAACAUUCCACACCUUCGAACCUUAGCUUGUGCCAAAAAUCGUUUAGCAUACUGUGUCCAGUCCCGUUGAGCUGUGUGCAUAGGGGCAUAGGAAGCACAGAAGAGGGCUGGGGGGACAUGCCUGGAGCCCUCUGCAGUAGGCUCACUCCGUCUACUGCAGAAAAGAAAAUGAAACAAAUGAUUCUGGUGUUUAGACUUGGGCCCCAUCCUAAGGUGCCCCAUCAUGUAAUGUGUAGAUGUUCCCCCAGAAAUCCAAACUCCACAACCUGUGGCCCAGGCAUUUCUAGGCCCUCCUCACCUGUCACCGAAGCGGCAGGUCUUCCCCUCUCAGGCACUUCCUGCUUCCCUCCCUGGGUGUGCUCGCCCUGCAGCUAGAGCAUGCUGCUAAGAAGAGAGAGCGAACAACAAGCGACCCGAGGACCCUG